AUGAAGAGAAAGAAAAUCGAAUCGUUCGGAGAUCUCGCCACUCGUGAUAACGAAUUGAUGAAAACUCUAAUUGAGUUAGCUCAGCUAACUUCCCCAUUUCCAUUAGAAGGAAUUACCAUUGGCUUGUUUGGUCAGAAAUCAACUGGCAAAUCAAUCAUGUUCAAUACUCCCCUUGGCAAACAGGUUGUUGCAACAGAUUACAGUGAAACAACUCAAGAAAUUACACCAUACAAUCAUGAAAAAUUUACUCUAUGGGAUGUUCCAGGAAGAAACGAUGAGGUAUCGUACUUUAGUUUGACACGUCGUCUGAUUCUGACACAAUCAAUAGUGAAGAAAAAUUCAAGUAUGAUGAAACUGUUGGAUGAAAUUGGUCUCGAGUAUGAUAUAGUUUUCAACAAAUUUGAUUUUGUCAAAGAGAAAGAGCGAUAA